AUGGCCGCAAGUACGCGACUCAUGAAACUGGAGGCCCAUAUCACAAAAUCUGGGAGCAACGAGGAAGAGUCCCUCUUACCAUGCGGAUCCUUCGAUACACACGUCCACGUAUUUGAUCCAACGAUAGGGCCGUACGCCCCAGGUCGCGCGCGACAAGGGAGUGGGAUUGUCCUUGUCCAGCCAUCACCCUACAAGACCGACUGCACGGUGUUGAUGAAAAGCCUCCAAGACCUGCGCGCUCAACGAACGGCAGCGUACGGCAUCGCGGUUAUAGACCUGGAGACGAUAACCGAUCAUGACCUGAAGCAGAUGCACGACCUUGGCGUACGAGGAAUCCGGCUGAACUUCCAGGCUGAUGGAAAAGAGAUGGACAUAUCCCACUCGCAAAUUACCUUGCAGAAAGCAGCAGCGCGGAUCCGUCAUUUACCGGGGUGGAUGAUUCAGUUGUUUGUCCCCGGGCACGCAUGGGAUGCGCUGUUUGAUUGUAUAUCCACGCUCCCCGUACCUAUCAUCGCCGACCACCUUGGAGGAAUGCAGGGUGCAUCGAAGCUCCAGUGCCAUCUGGCAGAGCACCCGCUUUCACAGCCGGGAUUCUCGUCUCUCAUCACACUCGCGAAGGGGGCCAAGGUGAUUGUCAAGAUCUCAGGUUUGUAUCGAGCGUCCAAUCGAACAGCGUCUCAUUUCGAUGAUACCCGACCUAUCAUCGAAGCUUUUGCGAAGGAGAUACCGGAGCGGUGUAUUUGGGGAAGCGACUGGCCGCAUACUGGAGAGGGUAAGGCUAGGGUGAAGAGUCAUGACUUGGCUCGCAAAGAGUCGUUCCGAGUCAUUGAUAACCAGGCCUUGUUAAGAAAUGUGAGGCAAUGGGUUGGAGGCGAGGUGUGGGGGAAAAUUGUAAGGGACAACCCUGCUAGGCUGUUUCGUGGAACCUAUAAGAGCUCUCUCCGCGCCUUUCCUAGUGACAUGAAGAGGGCGACUGCAGAUCCAUCCUCUCCUGCAGUGCGCCGACAUCGCCCAGGCCUGAGUCGUAGUGUUGCUGCCUGUGAAAGGUGCAGACGCCGAAAGCAAAAGUGUGACGGGAAGACCCCAACAUGUGGCACUUGUGAAGCUGUCGGAGCGCCAUGCGUUCCUUCGAGUAGACUUGUGGUGCAGGCGCACUCCGACUGCGACUGUGAAAUACUACGGAUUCAACUGCAGUCCCUUCAGAAGGAGUAUGAUGCGCUACUGCAGGUGGUUGAGCAAUUGAGAUCACAAAAGCCCCUUGAGCAUGACCGGUUCGAUGCUGCGGUAGAACAUAUACCUUGUCCCGGCGCUUCUCCCGCGCCCGAUCGCCAUCACAUAUCUGGAGCUGGGCAUGGUCUACCGCCACCCAGCGACCCCCUUGUCCUGAACUUCGACCGGUCGUACACCGGCCGGAUUUUGCGGCCGACGUUUACACCACAGUCAAAAUUUGGAGAGGCAUAUCGGAGUGCUUUGAGUAGUGCCUGGGAUUUAUGGGGCGACGAUGUACUCAAUACUGAUGUACCCGCCUGUCACAGCAACGCGCUUCCCUCUGGCUUUGACAACGCGGCUUAUGAGAACCUAGUGGACGUAUUCUUUGAGCGGCGGUGGCCGUACUUACCUGUCCUACACCAACCUAGCUUUGUCAGUGGCCACCUCAAACCUUUCCUCGCCAAUUCAGUAAGCAGUCCGAUCUCGAACUUCUUAGUGAACGUGGUCUGCGCUAUUGCAACGACAGAGAGGUCUCCGACUCGGCAAGAGAACAAUCAGCUGCAUCGAGUGUUUUUCAACCGUGCUAUACAAGAUAUGCACGUCGUCAUACAGGUAGAUGAUUUUGAGUGUGUGCAGUGUCUUUUACUGCUCUGCAUGUAUGGCCACAAUGAACCGCAGUCGGUCAAUAUGUGGUACAUUACUGGCCUCGCGCUUCAGUUAGCCCUGGGUAUUGACCUUCAUCGCAAGGAAUGCUUAGCCGGCCAGAGUCUUCUACGGUCAGAGAUGUUCAAGCGUGUGUUUUGGUGCGCGUAUGUAAUGAGCUGCAGCAUGGCCAUCAACAUGGGCCGGCCUUUGGGUAUCCACGAGAACGACAUCACCAUACCACCCCCAUCCCCAUUAACAGAUGAGCAACUUGAUGAAUCUUUCAUUGCACCGGAAGCACCAUUGCUGCCCCAAAUCAAAGAUACGUCUACUUUUAUCCAUAUCAUUCAGCUUCGAAAGGUCAAUGCCAGGGUCUACACAUCAUUUCAUUCCGUCGGCCGGACCCCCUCUGCCCUAAACGAGCUGGAGGCAACGAGAAGCUCCCUGUUUUCGGAACUUGAAAACUGGCUGAUCAUGGCUCCGAGAUACGUCCGCACCUCCUCCACCUUCCAAUCCCAGGAGUGGUUUCAGAUUGCGUUCCACCAUGCUGUGCUGUCGCUUUAUCGCCCAUCCCGAGCGGUGCCCAUGCCCUCAUCCGAGGAUAUUCGGCUCUGCAUGGAGUCAGCCAUCGGCCUAAUCAACUCAUACAGCUCGCUGUAUGCGCGGAACCGGAUCAAGUAUACAUUCGUUGCUAUCAACUCCCUGUUUAUGGCCGCCGUCACAAUGCUUUAUGCCCUACGGGCGUCACCUCCCCUCCGACACGAGCUGAGCAAACCCGUGGUGCAGACAAACAUCUCGACUUUUCUGACACUUUUCCGCGGUAUAUCAAAUGGCCGUGCGGUGGGCGAGAAGUGCUCGAUGAUCAUAGAGCGGCUAGGCAAGUCUAUUCUCACUCUGUUUGACGAGGCGGAGCCACCAGGCGUCGAUUUGGACACGGAAUUCCAAUCUUGGUUUGGCUUGCACACACAUACAUUCUCGACGCCGAAGCCAGAUGACCCCGUGGGAGAAUUACCCAAUCAUAUCCCGGAUGUGAGAUUCGAUGGACCGUGGGAGGACCUCUUCGUUGAAGGCGUUGCGCUGGGCUCGACUGAUGCAUGGAGCUUCCUUCCGUAA